GGGGUUCGAGUUGGUUAGAGUUCCUCAAUGUACUUGACACUGCCGUUUUGACGUUUUUUGGCUAUUGAAGUGUAAGAAUAUGAUAUCUCUCAAACCAAACAGAAAUGACGUCACGGUUAAACACAAUGAAAUGGGAUUAUCCAAUGACGGCUAAAUUUCUAGACUGUUAGCAAGCUAAGUCGUAUAAAAAUAGACGAAGAACAGAAAAUUGCAGAAAAUUGAAAAAGUAAAAGAAUAACAGAAGAUGAACUUUGUCAAUGUCAACAUUUUGAAAAAUUUCAAAACACAAAUCUCAAAUUUUACAAAUCCAAGUUCUCAAACUCAAAGUCGAAACCAAACAGAUGAACUGAAUCAAACUCGAGUGUACCGUUUCCUUUUCAAACUUCCGAAGUGGCAGGUAGACCAACACAGCAAUGAAAUGAAGUACUUCAAGAACACUUAUAAAGAUUAUUCUCCAUCUGAAGAUUCUUUACUGCUCAAACUAAGAAGUCUAAUCUCUUCAUUGGUAGAUGAGAAAUGGAAAUCCACUGUUCAUACUUUUUUAAACCUUGAGUCAGAUAACUACAGUGUGUACACAGGUACUUCUGGUAUAGCUUUACUCAAGCUAAAAAAGUUGCCCUUUGAAAGAGGAAACCUGGAAGAGGUAAAAUGUCUUCUCUCACUGCAUCAGUUGAAAAAUCACAGAUAUACAUUUCUGUGUGGUGAUGCAGGACCACUUUCUAUUGGUGUGAUAGUGAGUCACCGACUUGGAAAUCAAGCAGAGACUCAAAUACUCAUUGAAAGGUUGAAGGAAUUGGGUAAAUGUGUACUUGAUAUGAACUCUGAUAUUCCUGAUGAAUAUUUAUAUGGGAGAGCUGGAUACCUCUACUCAAUUCUUUAUGUUAAUAAAAAUGUUCAUCCUCAACCUUUUGAUGAUAACUUCAUAAGAAUGAUAAUAGAAGCCAUUUUGGUCAGUGGGAGAACCACAUCAAAAGCUUUAAAAUUCAAGGUUCCAUUGAUGUACCAGUGGCACAAUAGUUACUAUCUGGGAGCUGCCCAUGGUAUAUCUGGUAUUCUCUAUCUGUUACUGCAAGCUAAGGAGUUUUUAACUGAGAAGGAUUUGAACACCCUAAUCAAGCCCACUAUUGAGUAUCUUUUGGAUCAAAGAUUUGCUAGUGGUAAUUUUCCAUCAUCUCUUGGAAGAGACAGUGACAAAUAUGUGCAGUGGUGUCAUGGUGCACCAGGAUUUUUGUAUUUAUUAACAACAGCAUACAAGGUGAUCCAAAGUAAAUCAUAUGAUAUGCCAAUCCCAGUGUAAAAAGUAUUCUUAUUAUUUUUAGGUAUUUCAAGAUCCAAAGUAUCUUGAAGUGGCUUUGCAAUGUGGUGAAAUUGUUUGGGAAAGAGGACUAUUGAGAAAAGGUUACAGCCUUUGCCAUGGAGUAUCAGGAAAUGCUUACUGUUUUCUGGAAUUGUAUCAAACUACUAAAGAUGAAAAACACUUGUACAGGGCAAUUAAAUUCACUGAAUGGUGUAUGGAUUAUGCCAGAGAACAUGAAGAAAAUCCCCCUGAUAGACCUAUGUCCCUAUUUGAAGGUGUUGCUGGACCCCUGUAUUUGAUGCUGGAUAUUCAAAACCCCAUGGAAGCUAAGUUUCCUGGUUUUUCUCUGUAAGAAUAACAUUAUUCAAGUAUGUAUAUUCAACUUGGUGAAAUAAAAAAUACAUGUGUUCAAAUUCAGUCAGUGAAACAUUCACCACAAACAAAAACUGAAAUAUUUCACAAUCUUUGGCGAUUUUAUAAUCCUCAUUGAAUUUUAUAAAUAUUCUGUGGGCCAUUGCAAAUCUCACUAAAAACA